ACCCUGGUGCAUAAUAUAAAAUCACAGUACUUGUUGUGCUGAAAUACGAGGUCGCAACUCCAACGCUCUUCAUGUAAAGAUACAGAAUUCUAUUGGCUACGGAUUGCUAUUCGUGCGAACCAAAUAAGAUCUCUACGCGGCUGGCGCUUAUGGGAUAAUUUCAGACUGGGACAGACAAGAAAUACGAGAAUACAGAGUGAAAAAUUACAAUAGGAGGAGGAUAUAGGUGGGAGAUUGGGUCGAGGUGAGAUAAGCGCUCUUGCUGGGGCCUCGUGUGACACACAUGGAGGUGCAGGAGGAAAGGUUACCCAUGAAAACCACCUCGAAAAACUCCAAGAACUUGUCCCUGGACAGUGGGCUCGGGAGUUUUGAAGAGAGUGAGCCAAUGGAAGCCAGACAUCGCUCAAUGACCACUGCAACUGAAGAAAUCGAAGCUGCUAAACUUGUAGAAAGUCAGAGUGGUAUUAUAAAUGGCGGAGAUCUUCCAAUUAAAGCUCAAAGAUUUCAUUUUGUCUACCUUGGCUUUGCCGUCGUGGACAGAAGAUACACUCAGCAUAUGCUACCAUGGGUUAUAUCCGAGAUAAGGCGAAGGAAAGAGCGCCAAAGUGUGUACUUGUGCGUCGAGGCGGCCACUGUCACCGCGGUAAACACGGACGAAAAUGGCAGUGCAGCAUUUCAACAUGGCGUUCAGAACAUAACACGGUGUGCGAGGUCGUACGACAAAAAAUGUUUUGCGUAUCUUGUGAAAUCUAACGAAAACUCCUGCUCAUGCUUUUGCUAUGCAUUUGAGGCGGCCGAUCCGAACUCGGUUCCAGGAUUUAUCCAUUGUUUGAGGGAAAACUGUGACAUGGCUUGCGACCCAGCAAACAACAAGCCAAAGAGGAAAAUAUCUGCAAACUAUUCAGGAAACCAGCCUGUCAACAGUGUCCCAAGCGAAGAGCACAUUAUGGUCAGCUACCCUCUGUGUUAUAUUGGUAGAGUAAACGUUUCCCAUCGCCAGGCUCCGCCUACCCUGAUAGAUGACUCAGUCAGCAAAUUUAGAAACUUGAACCGUAGGAAAGAACUGGAGGAAGAAUUAAAUAACCCAAAACGACCACCAUUAUCCAGAACAAUGAGUAGCAGUGUUCCAAAAAGACAACCACCACCUGAACUUUACAAAGCAGCUCACAAAAAUACUGUAAGAGUCACCACUGUAGAUGAGGAGAAAAUUACAAAUACAGCAGAUAAAGAUGAUGAACCCUUACAACCCUCAGAUGUUCAGCGUCCUCGCUCUGCUAGUGAUGGGGAUAAGAAGUUGUUUGCACUUCCUACCAAGGAGAGAUGUGAUAGUGAUCAUACCAGGAAUGCUAAUAAAGCCUACAAUACUCCUGCCGCCAACAGGAGUGUUCUGCUUCGGAUCACCUCACAGCAUGUCUCGGUGAUAAGUACCUCUAGCAGCGGGUUACUCCUUGAGAAGAAGCUAAGGGAAAUCUCAUUUUGCCAGCAGGGAACAAAGAAUGCAGACCACUUUGGGUUCAUAUGCCGUGAGCAGUGUUCCUCUCAAUAUGUCUGCUUUGUUUUUAAAGGAGAAUCUGAAUCAUUGGUUGACAGUGUGAUGCGGUCGCUAAAGGAGGCUUUCCAUGCGGCCUGGCAGGCAGCGGGUUCCACUAAAGUCUGUGAACUGUGUCCAUUGCAUCAUCUGCACCAGCUCUGUACACAGCUUGAAAAUCUCCAAGUCCAACAGCAACAUGAGACUCUUAAGAAGCACCUGACUACUCUCUCUGACAUGGAGAUGAAUCAGUUCACAGACAAGUACAAAGCUGAAACUCAUGGCACAGAAAUAACAGAGCUCAGUGAAGAUGUUGAUGUUAUAAUGGGUGUCCUGCGGUCACUAUACGAGAAGCGCCAGCGCUCUCAUUCACAUAUACCAUCUACACAGAUUCAAGCAAAGGAUAGUGUGAGAACUGGUAUAUUACAAAAAGCAAAGAAAUCUUUGACUUCAUCUCUUGAGAACUUCCGUAGCAAAAGGGGCCGCUCCAGGUCUGCCAUAAAGCAAGAGAGUUUUGAUGAUGAGAGAUCAAGUUCUGACGAAACCAAGCCAUCGCCAGCAACCAGGAGACGUAGCCACACCCUAGACACAAUAACCACCAGUCCCACACCCUCCUUGACACCUAUUGGAGAGGCUGUCAUCCCACAGCGAGUGCUUGACUCAAUGCCUGUACAUCAGCAGAGAAUGCUCCAGGCACAAUCCCUAGCACAAGCCAGGUUACCCAGAAAUAAAUCUAGCGAGAGCCUCACUGUACAAACCAAGUUUUCGCGAAACAGAUCGACCGAGAGCCUGCCAGAUGAAGCACUUAGCGGCAACUCAUCAUCGCCACCAGCCACACCCACAAAGCCACAUAAUCACGUGCAUAAGAGACUUAGCCGGCGACACUCUUACAGACAGAACAUAUUCCAUAGUGUUGUUACUCCUUCAAAGAGGAAUUCCAUCUCACCUCAAAGUGAGUUGACAUGGUCUGAUGUGACAGGAAGAAAACGUUCUAGUCAGGAAUUGAGGGCGCUUUGGCGGAAAGCCAUUAUGGAGCAGAUUCUUCUGAACAGAAUGGAGAGAGAGAACCAAACACUGGAUGAUUUCCAGAGGUCUAAACUGCUGAAGAGACUGAAGCUUUCUUAUGAUGAGGGGUCUGUCUGCCACCAGACAGCAGCUGCCAAGUGGGACCAGCUGUUGUCACGCCCAUGGGAUGUCCAGGUCGAGAUGUGUGUUCUCAGGGAUGCUGUGAAAGCUGGGGUGCCAAAAGACAAGAGAGGUGAGAUCUGGGAGUUCCUUGCUAAGCAGUACAGUGUCCGUUCUCCAGCCAGUAAAGAUGCUUUCUGGAAGGCAGGAUCCUAUGAGGAGAUGCGGGACGGUUCGUGCAACCACCAGCACUCCAUUUUUAUCGACCUUGGACGGACCUUCCCUCGCCACCCAUACUUCACUUCUCAGUUUGGCCCAGGCCAGCUGUCGCUGUUCAAUCUGUUGAAGGCCUACUCCGUGCUUGAUACUGAUGUGGGCUACUGUCAAGGACUCAGCUUUGUGGCUGGUAUACUGCUCAUGCACAUGGAGGAGGCGAAGGCAUUUGAUGUCAUGCGGCACCUUCUGUUUGCUCUCGACCUGAGGAAGCUGUACAAGUCAGACAUGACAGAGCUGCAGAUCCAGUUUUAUGUGCUCUCUCGGCUGCUUCAUGACUAUCACACACCACUCUAUGAGUUUCUGGAAGAGCUGGACAUAACUCCCACCCUUUACGCAGCGGCCUGGUUCCUGACACUGUUUGCUUCACAGUUCCCUGUUGGCUUUGUUGUCAGGGUUAUGGAUAUGAUCUUCUUACAAGGAAUCACUGUCUGUUUCAAGGUGAUGUUGUUGCUCUUGAGUCGUUGUAAGGAGGGCAUCAUGGAGUGUGACGGUUUUGAGUGUGCUGUCGACUACAUCAAGACCCAUGUGCCCCCAUAUGCGUUUGCACACAUGGACUCUCUGGUAGCACAAGUCCUUGAUAUGGAUAUCUGCAAGGAGCUCGAGUCCUAUGUCAUCGAGUACAAUGUGCUGAGAGAGGAGGACCUUAGCCUAGCUUCCGUGGAAGAAUUUGAGCACCAGCGAGCCAAGAAGCUUGAGCAGGAGAACAAGGUGCUGAGCAAGCACUUACAAGAGGUGUCAGAACAGCUCACCUGCGCUCGCAGUACUAUUUCCAGUCUUGAGGGCACGAUUCACACAAUGCAAAUGAACACUACUGAGCUACUUGGUCUCAUACGGUCACUCACUAAGGAGAAUGACAAGCUGAAGCAGGAGCGAACCCCCAUGGCCACACCUAGUGCACAGCUUACACCUCUUUCGCCAAGGGAACCCAGUGACCACACGGACACCGAUAACAGCUUUGAGCACAUCGGCAGUCACGAUUUGACAGACGAUGAGGCGGACUCCCUGGCUAGAGACUCCCCAGCAGAUGAGCUGAGCGAGUUGAGAAAUAAGAGCCCACAGCUUCUCAGUGAUAAGCCUGAGGACUUGGCUGUCAGCAGAUAGGGAUACCAUGAUGCUUUGCACACCAUGGACUGCAUGUAUGAUAUCUCAUGAUGCUUUGCACACCAUGGUUUGCAUGUAUGAUAUCCGAUGAUGCUUUGCACACAAUGGACUGCAUGUAUGAUAUCCGAUGAUGCUUUGCACACCAUGGACUGCAUGUAUGAUAUCCGAUGAUGCUUUGCACACCAUGGACUGCAUGUAUGAUAUCCGAUGAUGCUUUGCGCAUCAUUGACUGUACACAUGAUAUCCCAUGAUGCUUUAAGCAGGGGAUAGGGGGUGGGUACAUAUUUGUGUUGGGGAGAAGUUAUUUUAGGGGGUCCUGUUAUUAUGAUUUUUUGCAUAUUUUCUUUAUCAUUCAUGUCCAUGUCAAAUUUUGGUUUCUCAUCGUAUUCGUUUUAACUUCACAGUCUCUUGAUGUGAUGUGUUGUUCGUGUUGUAGUUAUUGUGGUACCAUGAGAUGUGAUGUUAUUAUGAACAUGUGAUGUUUGUGGUGUAUGUGUCGCAUGGGUGUAUGUUUCACAUUUGUGUGACCAUUUUGCAUCAUAGUCUUGAAAGAGUAAUUUUCCUAAGUUGUUAUGUUCAAGACUUGAACGACUCAUUUCUCUCCUGUGGAGAGUAGAGAGAUGGGCUCCCUGUCGUGUGAUCUUUUCUUGUCAUUUUUUCAUGUGAUGUUUCGUGUUGUGUUUACGGGGAGUGCCUGAUCUAAUACCAAUUUUGUUCUUGGGUAUUAAAUUUGAUUGAAAAUAAUAUAAUGGUAAUUCACAAAAUAAAAUAGAAUAACAUCAAAAUUCCAAUAAACAAAGCAAGAUUUAAAGAGGCAAGAAUAUAUAUUACAGAAGAUUUGCAUGUUUUUUUCUUAUGGACUAUUACUGAAAAGCUUACUUUGAUUUGUCUAUUUAUGUGGGUUGUCUUCUCAAAUUCAAAAUAACAUAGAGUAGUUUUGGUAACUGUCAAUAAAGUCCAGAGUAGCCAUGAUUACUGUCAAUAAAGUCCAGAGUAGCCAUGA